AUGGACCAACAGACUCCCGAAUGUCACGUCGAAGUCCUCAAGCCUCCUCUCUCCAACGAGGCAGACGAAGCCGAGAACGUGGGCACCGGACGAUUCAUCUGGCUCGUUGCCUCGACCGCCUCGAUCGGAGGCAUGCUGUUCGGGUACGACACGGGCAUCAUCUCCGCCGUGCUGGUCUAUCUGCACGACGACCUGGGGCAUGACCUGUCUCCCAGCGAGAAGGAGAUGAUCACAGCGCUAUGCUCCGCUGGUGCGUUCAUCGGCGCCAUCAUCGCGGGCUUGAUUGCCGAUCGAUUCGGCCGGAAAGACACCAUCUACGUCGGAUGCUUUCUGUUCACGGUGGGCGCAGUCCUUCAGGCGGCUGCAUACUCGGUGGCCCAGAUGGCCGUGGGCAGAUUAAUCGUUGGGUUUGGCGUCGGGUCCGCGGCGAUGAUUGUGCCGAUGUAUAUUGCGGAGUUGGCCCCGACGAAGCACCGAGGACGGAUGAUCGGAUUGAACAAUGUCAGUAUCACCGGCGGACAGGUGAUCAGCUACGCGAUUGGGGCUGCGUUCGCGAACGUGGACCAUGGCUGGCGAUACAUGGUUGGACUGGGCGGCCUGCCGAGCGUCAUCCUGGCGUGUUGUCUGCCCUUCUGUCCGGAGUCGCCGCGGCAAUUGAUAUACCGAGACCGACACGAGGAGGCGAGACAGGUCCUGCAGCGGAUCUUCAAGCACGCCACGCCGGAGCAAGUCGGCGUGAAGGUCCGGCGGAUUGAAGACGCCGUGCGGGAGGCAAGAUCGUACAACGAGGGACGCAGCCGGCUGCAGAUGAUCAAGCAGUUGCAUACCAACCCGGCGUAUUUCCGGGCGUUGGUAUGUGCAUGUGGAUUGAUGGUCAUCAGCCAAAUGUCCGGCUUCAACACGCUAAUGUACUACUCCUCGACGCUGUUCGCGCUCGUCGGAUUCGCCAACCCCGUCGCCGUCGGCCUCGUGGUAUCCGGGACCAACCUGCUCAUGACCUUUGUGAACAUGAUGGUCGUGGACCCCUGGGGCCGACGACGGGUCCUCGUCACCACAGUUUGGGGGAUGUCCGCAUCCCUAGUCGGCACGGCAGUAGCCUUCAAAUUCAUCCCCGUCGACACGGAGACGCUGGAGCUCGGCUCGACGAAGAUCGAAGCGCCUGCGAUCGUCGUCCUCGUGUUCAUCAUCCUGUUCGUGAUCUUCUACGGCUUCUCAGUCGGGAACACGGCGUGGAUGAGCGCGGACUUCUUCGCCAUGGAGGUCCGCGCCAUGGGCACCAUGUACAUGUCGUGUUGCUGCUGGGGCGCGAACCUGAUUGUCUCGUCGACGUUCCUGACGAUGAUGAAGUCGAUCACGCCGUCGGGGGCGUUUGGGUUCUACGCGGCCCUGUGUGGUGUGGGAUGGGUGGCUAUUGUCUUGUUUUAUCCUGAGGUGUCGGGGCUGAGCUUGGAGGAGAUCGGGGAGGUGUUUGGCCAUGGGUUUGGAGUUAAGUAUGCGAGGGAUUUGAGGAAGAGGAGGAAGUUGGCUGCCAGUGACGGUUCGUAGUUUGUUUACUGUAGUUAUGGUUAGGGCUUGCUAUGUGGACUUUCUAAGUGGAGGCUUUUGU